CACACGGCCCAUAUCAUCUCAUUGGCACACAGCCCUCUCAUUUCAUUGGCACAUAGCCCAUUUCAUUUCAUUAUUGACACAUGUAUUCAUUCUGAAUGCAGGGUGGUUCCCGCAGUGUGCGAGGGUACGGCUCCACCAUCGCGCGGGAUUGGUAUGCCGAGCUCCCGGAGGCUGUCCGAGGCUUAGUGGACUUGGCAGGAUUUGGACCCUUCUGCGUCGGGUUGUCACGUUGUCCUGCCAGGAGGACAUUGAUGGCAGCCUUGGUAGAGAGAUGGUGGGACACCACCAAUUCCUUUCAUUUCUCUGCUACCGGGGACAUGACCAUGACCCCUUUUGACUUCGCUGUAUUGACCGGCUUAGAUGUCGGAGGUUGGUCCAUCCCUUACGAUGAGGAUAUGGGCGAGUGGGAGGACGCCUGGAUGCAUCUAUUGGGGGCUCACCCGCCUGUUGAUAGGGUUUCAGGGAGAGUCCGAUACACUUGGUUCUCUUCCCAUUUUCGGCGGGCAGAGAUGAUGCCUGAGACUCCCGAGGAGACAGAGCAGUAUGCCCGUGGUUUCCUUAUGUUCCUCUUCGGGAUUACCCUGUUCGCCGACAGAGGGAACACCGUUGGGCUAUAUUUGCUGAGCGCUCUAGUCGACCUAUCACAGGUCCACCGUUAUGACUGGGGUGGCGCCGGCCUGGCUACCCUUUAUUUUUACAUGAGCACGACCUCCCGCGGGCGGGGCGAUUUGCUUGGCGGCUACUGGAGAGCUUGGGAGCUAUGGGUUUAUGUGUACUUCCCAUCAUUAGCCCCAGAGCUGGAGGUGGUGGGGAUUCCCGUGACCCCAUAUUCAUUGAUAUUCGAGGGCCCGUACCGGCCGAGGCCUCGAGAGACCCUCCUUCGCCUGCGACAGUACUUCGACAUUGUACGGCAUUCAGAGGGUCCUGCUUGA